AUUCACUGCUUUAUCAAUAUUUAGUGUUGCGUUUGGUUUAAAAGCUGUGACUUAGAAAGAAUAAGUACAAAUAUCAGGGCUAAAUAGUCCGCUAAAUUCUCUGGUCUGUUGUUAUUUUGUUAAUAAUCAUCAGCAAUGACGGUUUCUCAUUAGUAAAGGCGUCUACUGUUAUCAUAACAGAGAUCUCCUUCUCCUUCUUCUUCUUCUCUGCUCAGUGAUCUGCGAUUAUUGUCUUCACACCAUGACCUCUGGAAAACCUAACAUUAAUGAAAAAGUCCUGCAGUAUGAAUCCUUUAUCAAUGAGGUUUUGAAGCGAGAUUUACAGAAGGUUUUGGAGCAAAGAGACGGCGUGUAUGAAAAAAUAUCACAGUACCUUCAAUUGAAGAAUACAAUUAAACGUAUACAGGAAACUGGCAGCAAAGAACUGAAGACGGACGUCGAUCUCGGCUGUAAUUUCUUUGUCCAGGCUCAUGUGCCUGAUACUUCCAAAAUCUUCGUCGCUGUCGGAUAUGGAUUUUUUCUCGAAUUGACCCUUUCGGAAGCGCUGACCUUCAUAGAGAAGAAAACCCUCCAGCUAACGGAGUACAGCGAGGUUCUCACCAAAGAUGCAGCAAAGAUCAAAGCACACAUACGUGUGGUUUUGGAGGGUUUAAAGGAACUCCAGGGUCUGAAUGAUCUUCCCGAGACGACGAGACGGGAGGUGUUUUAAGUACCUCACGGCGGCGCAGAGACAUCCUUUCUGCCUUUUAAGCCACAACGCGUUGGCUACAGCGCGUUUAGGCUUUGCACUGUAAAGUGAUAUGUAUUUCAACGGUACUUCUUUUUCCCUUAGCAACAGGUUUUACUGUUACGUUCCAAAAUGGAUUCAAUAAAGUGCGGCUUAUUUUGAA